UCCACAAACCACCACAACAUUGUUACAUAUAUCUGGUUUCCCAUCCACUGGAAGCAAAACACACUGCAAGGAAGCUGGGUCGUAAAAGAAAGACGGCCAUGCAGAAUGCCAGGAAUUCUGCCCCCAACAACUCCAUCAGUCAGCCUGAAGGAUUUUACAUUGUUGCCUUGAGUUCAAUGCUUUACAAUAAUAUCUAUGUCAUGUUCCUCACUGUGCUUUAUGUGAUCACAGUCAUAUGCAAUGUCUUUCUGAUCACUAUCAUUUUCUAUGACCACCGACUGCAUGUCCCAAAGUUCAUGGCUGUUGGUAAUCUGGCUUUGGUUGAUCUUGUUCUCAGCACUUCUCUUGUGCCUGGCAUGAUAAAGACUUACAUUGUUCUUGACAAUUUUGUGCCAUUCAAACUGUGCCUUGUGCAAAUGUACAUUUACUAUGCUUUUUUAUUCCUUGAGUCAUUUUCCAUAUGUGUUCUUUCCUAUGACAGAUUUGUUGCGAUCUGCUUACCUUUAAGACAGGAGUCUAUAAACACAAACACCAGAAUGGUUUACAUAAUUGUUGCAAUUUGGAUCUUUGGUCUUACUACAGUACUCUACGGCACUUCAUCCAUCCUGACCCUCUCGUUUUGUGGCUCUCUUAAGCUCAACAGCUAUUUUUGCGAUUAUACUCCUGUUUUAAGACUUGCUUGCAGCGAUACGACGCACCAGUGGAAUUUUGCCACUGCUUUAACUAUACUCUUCAUGUUUGUACCUUUGAUUUUUAUUUUCUUUACUUACAUGGGUAUAUUGAUCGCUGUAUUUAGAAUGAAGAAUAAUCAGAGCCGUUAUAAGGCACUGGCCACGUGCACCGAACACCUCAUGUUAGUGGCCAUAUUCUUCAUUCCAAUUUUUAUUAUCUUCAAUCUUGGAUUUUCUGGAAUUAUUAUAAACCCAAAUGUAAGAACGGUGUGUUUGUCUUUGUCGUCCCUCAUCACACCCUGUGUGAAUCCCAUCAUUUACUCAUUGAAAACUAAAGAGGUUAGAAGCAGGAUUUAUUCUUUGUUAACCCACAGACAGACAGUUCAUCCUUUAAAAAAUACAUAAUAAUGUUUUAAACAUAAUUGUGAUUCAAGUGAGAUUAUUCGUGUUAUUGAUGUUAUUUUGGAGACUUUCUGUGAUGCUUCAUGUAUUGUUUAUUUUAAUGCAUUGCUUUUCAAAUUUAAAUCUCCAAUUCUACUUUGAUCUACAGGUAAUUUGAAAAAAGAAUUUUCUUGAUUAAAUUGUAACAUUGAUUUAAUAUUCAUAGAGAGCAUAUCUCCAUGUUUUCUCUCAUUGUAAAGAUUGCUGUAUGCAGCCAGUUUUUGUUUGCUACUUUAAAUAAUGCAAAUUCUUGAAGUUCUUAAAUAAUUUAAGAAUGGGCAGAAAUAAUAUAUAGUAAGUAUGAUAACAAUGGUUUAUAUUCACAAAAUGUUAACAUGUGUGAAAAAGCUGCCAAUAAUGUGAGUGCAGUGUUCAUCUGAUUAAAACUGUGGCUUUUGAUUGUCCAUGUUACUCAAUUCCUCAUCAACCUUAUUCUGUAUUUUAAUGUCACACACAUAAAACUUUCUUAAAGUUUCUAACAUAAAGUAUUUCUUUUUAAUAACUGCACUGUUUAAAACUGUCUUUACUCUGUAUCUUACAGUAGAUAUGUCUCUGAUGAAAAUCAAAAGCUGCUUGGUCUCCAAAGCUGGGGCCAGGUUUACCUACUCCACCAAGGUCUAAACUGCUGGCUAUCUAAACAGCAUUUGUUCAGAAAGGUCAUGCUAGCUGAGACAAAAAUAAAUCAUAUGCAUGUAAUAUGUAGACAUACUAUGACUUGAUUUACUAAAUGUGUCUGAUAUAACAUUGCCAUCUUGUGGAUAGAAAUUGUAAUUACACAUACUGUCAUUUUACCCUGCUGUCAUUUAUCCCCUCUAAAACCAGCUAUGACCAGGCUGGGAGACCAACUAAAACCAGUCUGACCAGCUUAGGCUGGUUUUAGUUGGAUUUUUCAGCAGGCUACUUACGUCGAUGAAUGUACUCUUUUAAAAUGGACCUUUAAAAUAACAUGUUUCCUGUUCGUGAAAUGAAAUGUGCCCGGCUAGACAAGUUCAGAGAGAGCAGUUGCUCUGGACAAGUUAUAAAAACCUUCUUGAAGUAAAUUCUUAAUAUCUUUACAAACGGCAAAGGCAACUUCAGAAUAAACAUGAAACGCACAGAUUAGCUCUCAAUAUCGCUUAUAGCUCAGACUCUGGAUGAGAUCAGUGAAUCAGGCCACUAAAUGAUGGCUGAAUCAACAUCAAUAAAUAACUAACUUCAUCUGACCAAAAUGUGGAUAUCAGUUGACAAAGCAAUAAUUUAAUCAGCAAUCAUGAGGCAAAAGAUAAAAAACAAAAGAGAUAUUUGAAGGCUUUGACAGAUAUUGAAGGCUGUUGUCAGUUGGCUGUCUUCCUGGAGCUUCAGUCAAAUCAAAAUCCAGGUGGCAGAAGAUGAUACACUUGAGUCAUUUAAAGCAAAAUGGUGUAGUUAAUAUUCACAUCUGAUUUUUAUCUUGUCAUACUGUACAUCACUGCAGCCAACUCUCAAUAAUUUAAAUCUAGAAAUAAACUCAUCUCUAUCUGAUGGAAAUGAUCAGUGUUAAUGAACAAAUAAAUACCAAAUCAUAGUGUGGCCUAAGUUGACCAUUUAAAUU